GACCAAGCAGAGACCAGAGUCUCCUGAUCCAGAUCCAGAUCCUGAUCCUGAUCCAGAUCCUGAUCCUGAUCCUGAUCCUGAUCCUGAACCCAGCUGUGUGUCCUUUAAGAGCGACCGGUCAUUUGAUGGUCGUUAUAUUGACUUUAAAGGAGAUCAACCCUCUGCUGGAGAGAGGAUCCAUCAGAGACCCGACUCUGCUAGACCUGAUCCCAGCUGUGUGUCCUUCAAGAGCGACUGGUCAAAUGAACGCCUCAUUGACUUUAAAGGAGAUCAACCCUCUGCUGGAGAGAGAGUGGACCAGGAGAGCUCAGAGGGUCCCAGUGGGUCCCAGUCCUCCCAGCAGCAUCAAACCCACCUGGACUCCAUCUUUAUGCUGCUGGAGGACAACAUCGUCACUUUUGUGAAGAACGAGCUGAAGAAGAUCCAGAAGCUUCUGAGACCAGAUUACCCAGAAUGCCCAGAGAGUCAGAGGGAGGGUGAGGAUGAAGAGCAGAGGAGGAGCAGAGAGGCGUUUCUGAAGAUCACACUGCACUUCCUGAGGAGAAUGAAGCAGGACGAGCUGGCUGACCGUCUGCAGAGCAGAAGUCCAGCAGGAGUUUGUAAGCGUAAACUCAAAUCUAAGCUAGACAGGAAGUUCCAGCGUGUGUUUGAGGGGAUUGCUAAAGCAGGAAACCACACCGUUCUGCAUCAGAUGUUCACAGAGAUCUACCUCAUGAAGGGAGGGGCUGCAGGGGUCAAUGAAGAACAUGAGGUCAGACAGAUUGAAACAGCAUCCUGGAAACCAGACAUACCAGAACCAACAAUCAGACAAGAAGACAUCUUUAAAACCCCACCUGGAAGAGAUAAACCAAUCAGAGCAGUGAUGACAACGGGAGUGGCUGGCAUUGGGAAAACAGUCUUAACACAGAAGUUCACUCUGGACUGGGCUGAAGGCAAAGCCAACCAGGACAUCCAGUUCACAUUCCCCUUCACCUUCAGAGAGCUGAAUGUGCUGAAAGAGAGAAAGUUCAGCUUGGUGGAACUUGUUGAUUACUUCUUUAGUGAAACCAAAGAAGCAGGAAUCUGCAAGUUUGAAGAGUUCCCGGUGGUCUUCAUCUUUGACGGUCUGGAUGAGUGUCGACUUCCUCUGGACUUCCUCAACACUGAGAUCCUGACUGAUGUUACAGAGUCCACCUCAGUGGGUGUGCUGCUGACAAACCUCAUCAGGGGGAAUCUGGUUCCCUCUGCUCGCCUCUGGAUAACCACACGACCUGCAGCAGCCAAUCAGAUCCCUCCUGGGUGUGUUGACAUGGUGACAGAGGUCAGAGGGUUCACUGACGCCCAGAAGGAGGAGUACUUCAGGAAGAGAUUCAGAGAUGAGGAGCAGGCCAGCAGAAUCAUCUCCCACAUCAAGAGAUCUCGAAGCCUCCACAUCAUGUGCCACAUCCCAGUCUUCUGCUGGAUCACUGCUACAGUUCUGGAGGACGUGUUGAAGACCAGAGAGGGAGGAGAGCUGCCCAAGACCCUGACUGAGAUGUACAUCCACUUCCUGGUGGUUCAGUCCAAAGUGAAGAACAUCAAGUAUGAUGGAGGAGCUGAGACAGAUCCACACUGGAGUCCAGAGACCAGAAAGAUGAUGGAGUCUCUGGGAAAACUGGCUUUUGAGCAGCUGCAGAAAGGCAACCUGAUCUUCUACGAAUCAGACCUGACAGAGUGUGGCAUCGAUAUCAGAGCAGCCUCAGUGGUCUCAGGAGUGUUCACACAGAUCUUUAAAGAGGAGAGAGGACUGUACCAGGACAAGGUGUUCAGCUUCAUCCAUCUGAGUGUUCAGGAGUUCCUGGCUGCUCUUCAUGUCCAUCUGACCUUCACCAACUCUGGAGUCAACCUGCUGGCAGAAGAACAGACAUCAUCAACACAGUUCUACCAGAGUGCUGUGGACAAGGCCUUACAGAGUCCUAACGGACACCUGGACUUGUUCCUCCGCUUCCUCCUGGGUCUUUCUUUGCAGACCAAUCAGAAACUCCUACAAGGUCUGCUGACACAGACAGGAAGUAGCUCAAAGACCAAUCAGGAAACAGUGGAGUACAUCAAGGAGAAGAUGGAUGAGGGUCUGUCUGCAGAGAGAAGCAUCAACCUGUUCCACUGUCUGAAUGAACUGAAUGAUAGUUCUCUAGUGGAGCAGAUCCAACGGUACCUGAGUUCAGGACGUCUGUCCAGAUAUAAACUGUCUCCUGCUCAGUGGUCAGCUCUGGUCUUCAUCUUACUGUCAUCAGAAGAAGAUCUGGACGUGUUUGACCUGAAGAAAUACUCUGCUUCAGAGGAGGCUCUUCUGAGGCUGCUGCCAGUGGUCAAAGCCUCCAACAAAGCUCUGCUGAGUGGCUGUAACCUGUCAGAGAGAAGCUGUGAAGCUCUGUCCUCAGUUCUCAGCUCCCAGUCCUCUAGUCUGAGAGAGCUGGACCUGAGUAACAACAACCUGCAGGAUUCAGGAGGGAAGCUGGUCUCUGAGGGACUGAAGAGUCCACACUGCACUCUGGAGACUCUCAGGUCAGGAUUCAUUAACCCGUUCAACUGAUGACCAUUUAAACUCUGACUAACUUUAGCUGAUAAACAGCUGACGUGUAGCUUUGUGUCUGUUGAUAUGAUAAACUUUAGCAGUAGUUUUGAGACUCAAUAAUUAAAUACAGCAGAUACU